CGUAUACGUAGAAAAAUUGACGAUUUGAAAAUCCAAUUUCGCCGCGUUCAAACGUAAAGCGUAGGCGGGCGUGUCGCGGAUGUCGGAAGGUGGAGCUCUUGUGAAUUGUUCUUGUGCCCCGCGCACCAAAAGCCAAUAAGAGCCAAAACUGCCAUUUUGUGAAUAAAACGGUUCGUGACCAGGUGUUUAUUACGAGUUUUUUUAAUUAAACGCAAUUUGAAAUUCAUUUGCAAAUACAACGCACUCACGCACGCACAUACACAUACAAAACCGAGCGCACGCACAAGUGUAGGUGUGAAAACAAGUAAAACAGAGCUGGGAAAAACAAACUAAGCUGCAUAGAUACUUGCUAAAUAUUGGAUUAAAGCCCAAAAAAAAGGCAAAAUAAUAAUAAUAACAACAACAAAAACAAUCAAUCGAAAAUGCGCGUGUGGAAAAGAGAGGGAGAGAGAGAGCAGUAGACACACACAAUCACACGCUGACGUCGACGCGCUGUCUGUUCAGUGGAGCAGUGUUGCCAGCCCACAAAACAGCUGCCCGAGAAUCCCAAUUAAAUAAUUAAUAAGUUCAAAUCAGAAUUGGAGUAUCUGAAGCAGAGCUUUGCUUUUGCAUACUCCUUUUCCCCAAUACGGCUUAGUGGCAUUGGGGCUCUGCUGCUGAGUUGGCAACACUGGCCCCAGCCAGCCAAAAAAUAGAGGCAGAGAACGACAGAGAGAGAGAGCAAGCGCGAGAGAGUCACAUGCUGUGAGCGCUCAUUUCAAUUUUCCUCAAUGAAACACUUUUCACGGUUUUCGGUUCGUCGGUUCGCGUUUUCCACAGCCAGCCAACAAAUACAUAAUAUAGCCAACAUUUUUAUUCGCAGUGCAUGUGCAGCGCGGGAGAGCAAGAACCGCCAGCCAAACCGAGCUGUUAAAUAAUUUUUAAAGUGUUUGUGUUUUUAAAGUGUACAACCAAAAAAAUCUUUUGCCUUUUGCAUAACAAAAACAAACCGAGCAAAUAAAAAAAAGUGAAGAAAGAGCCAUAUAAACACACACACAUACGCUUAAAAACAAAUAUAUAUAGAGAGAAACGAACGCCUACGUCAAUAAGUGAAAAACGGAAGGAUGCUGCUGAUGUCACCGACGUUGCAGUAGCAACACUAGCAAAGCCAGACGAAGGAAAAACAAACCAACCCAACCACACCAACUCCUCGUUCCCCCACAACAAGCUAUACACAUGUUGCUGCCGCCACAACUAAGAUGCUCAGCGCUGCCAAUGCAACUGCAACAGCAACACAUGGAGCAGCAGCAGCAUCCGCGAUUGCCGCAGCCGAGACUUAUGUCAUAACAAACAAACAGCAGCAACAGCAGCAGCAGCAGCAACAAGUCUUUGUUGUUGCAGCUAACAAAAUGGUGAUACCAGCAACGGGAGCAACAAUCGCCGGUAUACCAACAGCAACAACAACAGCAGCCGCCGAGUCAACAGCAACGCAGCAAAAUCAUCAUCAGCAGCAGCAGCAACAGCAACAACAGCAGCAACAUCAGCAACAUGUGCUGUUCCAGCCGCACCUUCAGACAACAACAGCAACAGCAGUAACCAGCACACCUCAGCAACAGCAACCACCUCAGCCGCGGCAACAUCCCAAGAAGCGAAAGUUCGAUCCAGCCGAGCUGGACAAAACGGAGCAGCAUCCCCAACAGCAGCAGCAACAACAACAACUGAGUCUGCAAAAGCAGCAGAAACCCGCCGAUACUAAUGGCAACAGCGAUAACCUGGCCAACGGCAAUCAGCUAAAUCGCAUGAUCGUGAGUUGCGGUGCAGGCGCCAGCAACAACAGUAGCAAUAGCAACAAUAGCAGCGAUAUCAAACAGCAGCAACAGCAACGUAUUAUCAUUGCAUCCCCGCUGCAACAUGCCAGCGGUAGUACUUACAAGCAACAUGUUGCCAGCGGCAACAAUAGUCACGCAGCCACAAUCAAUCAUCAGCAACGCACACAAACGCCCACAACCGCCGUCUUGUACCAACAGCAGCAGCAACAGCAACAACGUUUUAGCUUUAAUUCAAACAAUCAGCAACAUGUACAGGAACAACACCAGCAGCAGCAGCAGCAAUCCCUGCUCGAUCUCAGCGAGUGGAACAACACGCGUGUCCUAGCCAAAAUCCACAAUCACUAUGCCCCAGGGAUUAUACGCCAAGUGCAGGAGGCGUCACCCGACUCAAUACUCGUGGAAUUCGAUUCCACCGAUUUGGGAUUGCUUUUAUAUCCGGACGUGUUGCACCAGGGCCGCAACCAUGUGAUACUCGAUGCUAGCCCGCCAAUGGCGGAUAUUACUCUGGAUGCCCGCGUGUGUGUGCGCCAGCGGGUGGAAGGUCGAGGCUCCGGCAGUUUCGUCUACGUGGAGGGCAUCAUUACGGAUAUCAACCAGGCCACGAAGCAAUAUAGCGUGCAACUUAUUGGCGAUGAGAUGGCUGCCACCAAGGUAGUGCGUCGCGCCGAUCUGCGGCUCUUGCAGCCCCCGUGGUGGGAUGAGCUCAACGAACUGACACCUUCGGGUGGAGCAAGUGUCCCCGCGCCCAGUGGUAAGCGAAAGGUGUCGGCUGGAGGAUCAGGAGCUGGCGAAGCUAUGGCUGUGCCCAGUGGCAAUAUCGUUUACCCCAAGGCGGCCACCGGAACGCCAUUGACGUUUGUGGCCACCCGAUACGAUGGCAAGUUGCCCACCGCUCCACCAACGCCCACCCACCAGCAAUCACAGCAGCAUCUGGUGAAACAAGAAGAGUAUUAUAGGACGACGGCCACCUCGCCGUUCCAGACGCGACCCUCAUUCGCUGGUCCUUCCCACGGAGCGGAGCAAGUGGCCCAGGCGGCACAGUCGCAUCCCCAGCAGACUAACGGCCUGCCGGACAUCGUGAUCUCUCAGGGCAGCAAUGGGCAGCACCUCAAGAUGCAGCAACAGCAGCAGUCAUCGCGGGUCUACGACGACUAUGACUCGGACGACGAACUGAAAAGGGUCGGCAUUGGAUACUCGCCAGCGGCCGGCGAUCUGGACACGGAGAAGAUGAGCGCCUGCAGCAAGCGCAGCAGCAUGCAAAGCCGCGGCAGCACGUCCAGUCUUCUCGACCAGAGGCUCACACCACGAUCUCAUCCAGCAACACCAAGAUCUCAAGCCACCACGCCGCACCGCUUCAAGAAGGGAGACAUCGUGGAGUCGGAGUCCGGCGUGCGUAAGAAGUACAACGGGAAGCAGUGGCGUCGCCUGUGCAUGCUCUGCACCAAGGAAUCUCAGCGGCGCGGCUACUGCUCGCGGCACCUCAACCAAAAGGGCAACAACAGCGCCCUGCCCUCGUCCACGGGUCCGGGUCGUUUGCUUAGUGACAGCCGAUCGAGCAGCAAGACGCAGAUCGAUGAGGACACCUCACGCGACUCGGAGACGUCGCCCAACUAUCGGGUAAAAGGUCGCUACGAUCAGGAGGAGACCGAUGCGGCCGUCAUGCUGGUAUCGCUGAGCAGCUCUCGAUCUGCCACGCCCUCGUACACCUCACCUGUGAACCAUGCUGGAGCCUCUCCUCUAAAUGCCAUUGCCCAUUCGCCGGUUAAUGUGUCCGCCAGUCACAGGCAGAACUUUUUCACGCCCAUCGCCAACCAGUCGCAGCAGCAACAGCAACAACAACAGCAGCAACCUGUGGUCGUACCGCUCGACUCCAAGUGGAAAACAACACCCAGUCCGGUGCUCUACAAUGCCAGCAACAGCAAUAACAAUAACAAUGGCUGGGAGGCGAGCAGCAGCAGCAACAACAACAACAGCAACAAUACUCAUGUUGCAGCUACGGCAGCAACAUCAUCUGUUGGAACUCAACCACUGCCGCCGCAAACUACGCCCGUUUCGCUCGUGAUGCAUGCCCCACCGCCGCAGCACCACCAACUGCAGCAGCAGCAUCAGCACCACCAACCACCUCCGCCGCCACCUGCCAGUUUGCCAGCACCAUCAGCACCACCCACCAGCAAUAACAACAACAACAGCGUGGGUCAUGCCACCAGCGUUAUACGCAUUUCCAGCAGUCAACAGCAACAUCAGCAGCAACAACAACAACAACAACAUCCUCAUGUCGUGGUCUCCGGCGGUCAAACUUUUCAUCCUGUGAUUGUAGACGCCACCCAGCUGACGCAGGUGCCCCUGCCGCCCACAACGGUUUCAUUUCAUCCGCCCAACACGCCCACUCCAACAUCAGCAACAGUGGCGUCCUUGGGCCAGGAAAAGAUGUUGCAAAAAAAUGGCUACAAUGCACCCUGGUUCAAGUUGCUGCCGCAUAUGACACCGAUGAGCAAGGCACCGCCAGCUCCGGCCACUCCGACCUUGACCACAUCGGCCAGCAGCUACAACAUGGUAAUGUUGCAACAGCAGCAACAGCAACUGCAACAACAGCAACAACAACAACAAUCGCCGCCGCAGAUGCCGCUUAAUCACAACAACAAUCAUUUGAUUGUGCCCGCUCCUCUGUGCUCGCCGGGAAAACCACUCAAUUGCUCUAUGAACGAUGCCAAGGCGGCGGCAGCAGCAGCGGCCGCGGUUGCCAGCCACAGACAACAGCAACAGCAGCAGGAGGAGCCGGACGAUCAGUUGGACGAUGAUGUAUUUGAGUCUACGACGCCCGGGAUCAGCACCAAUAGCAAAAAACAAACGGCGGCCACGCGAGUGCCCACCCAUAACAGCAACAUACGCAAGCUGGAGGAGUGCCAUGAUGCAAGCGAUGGUGCAGCUGGUGCACCAACCACUUCAGCUGCCAAGCGGAGGAGUCAAUCUUUGAGCGCUCUGCAACAACAACAACAACAACAGCAGCAGCAGCAACAAACGUCUGGUGCGGCAGGAGCCACAGCUGGGCAGCCGGCGAACAAGAAGAUCCGUAGACCAAUGAACGCUUUCAUGAUCUUUUCAAAGAAGCACCGCAAAAUGGUACACAAGAAUCAUCCGAAUCAGGACAACCGUACAGUUAGCAAGAUCCUAGGCGAGUGGUGGUAUGCUCUGAAGCCAGAACAGAAAUCACAAUACCAUGAGCUGGCCAGUUCCGUGAAGGAUGCGCAUUUCAAGCUGCAUCCAGAAUGGAAAUGGUGCUCAAAGGAUCGCCGCAAGUCGUCCACUUCUACAGCCACACCAGGUGGAAAGUCUGGCGGUGCAGCCGGGACGGGUGACGCCAAGCAGCGCCUUGUUUCUGUGGAUGGCUCCGAUUCCCAGGAACACGACAUGUGCCCUUCAACGCCAGGAGGCAGUGGCAGCUGUGGUGGGCAGGGCUUAUCCUCGGAUCUGCAGGGCGACAUUAUACCGCUGACGAUCGACAAUUAUAAUAGCACUUGUGAUGAGGCCCCAACUACCAUUUCUAUGAAGACCAGCGGCAAUGGCAAGCUGAUGAAGAACGAACUGCCAUCCGACGAGGACGAGCAAAUGCUAGUUGUGGAGGAUGAGCCGCCACAACAGCCCGUCAAGAAGCUAGACCUGCACUGCCGUGAGCGGGUAAAUGACUCGGACAUGGACGACGCACCCUUUGACUAUCGCAAACAGCAGCCAGAGGUGAAUCAGCGUUCGUCGGAGGAGCACAGUGCAUCCAGUGCCAAUGGCCAGGCCAUGAACGUACCGCCGCUCAGCGGAGGAGAACGUGAGAUCACACUGAAACCGAAGGCUAUCAAGGCCCAUCCCGUGCUGGAGAGCAAUAUGCUGCCAUACACCCAGAUGUCUAUAUACACGCAGUACACUAGUCCCAAGAAUCCAAUCGGUGUAACACCAUUCCAACCCACAGGCGGCGCCUUUAAGUCGAUGCCCAUUAGCCCCAAGAGCAGCGGUAGCAAGCCGGAGGACGCUGCCAACCUGCAGCCACAUAUCAAGCAGGAAGACAUCAAACAAGAGCCGCCAUCGCCGUACAAACUGAACGGUGGUUCAGGUUCUGCUGCCGGAGUAGGAGUAGCUAGUGCUCCGCCACCCAACAGCGGUAGCGUCGGUGCCAUCUUUCACUUUAAUGUGCCAACAGCAACGGCUUUGAGUCAGAAGCAGUUCCACUACCCCAUGCACCAUCCCCAUCGCAGUCCAACGGAUUUGAGAGCUGCCCACCAGGCGUGUGUGCCAUCAUCGCCGGCAGGCAUGGGUUUAGGACAUCCAGCCAGCAUUGCCACGCCACCGGCAUCGGCACCCGCUCAGAUCAUGGGAGGUGGACCAGCGCCAGGUCAGAAAGUGUUCUUCGCCAUGACCAAUCCAGCUUUACAGUACCCUUUGCUGCCGCGCUCCCAGCAAGCGGACCACCUGCAGCUGGACGCCUUUGCGCCAGGAAGUUACAUUUUUAAGAAUCACAAUGGUCUAUCUUCGCUGCCACCGCCCGUUAGUGCACAGCCCACGAUGAUGCUGCAUGGAUAUACGCCCAGCCAUAGUGCCGAACCGCCGGCUAGUUCGCCCUCGUACAAAUCAAUGCCCUCUACCCCAAAAUCGGCCUCAUAUCUUAUGAGUGCACCACCAGAACGAUGUAUGGAGGGUAGAAUGGGUGGUUGUGCAUCAGCAGCAGCAAGUGGAGGGGAUGACUGUGACAUGGACGCCGAUGGUCAGCAGUUUAUAUUGGCCCCUACGCCUGCCCAAUUGGGACGAGCUCCACUGCAGCGGCGCAAGAAUCUAUCUCAAAGCAAGUCAGAGAAUAAUGUGUCCUUUGGAGCUAAUCUGGGAGCCAGCAACGGGCAGCACAUCAGCCGUAAGCUGCAUUCUCCCACAAUGAUGGAUUCCUCAUCGCCGAUCAUUGGCCAUGUGAACAGCAGUAGUCUGAGCUCGGCACUGCCUACGCCCACGUCCUCAACAACGACGCCAAAUAGCGAUGAGCAACUCCCUCUGACACCGACCACGAGCAGCAGCAAUAGUAAUAUCAAUCAGCAGCCCAAGUCACCGAUGAAGGCAGCUCCAGGAUCAGCAGCCCUCAAAAAGAAGAACGAUGAGAUGAACAACAGCGUGCUCAAGCAGGUGGACUUUGAGAAGAAGUACAAGGCUCUGCCGCAGUUCCAGCCGGAGGAUUGCCACUCGCCUAGUGCCAUUGCUGUGCCCUCUUCGCCGCGCGUCUACGGCACAAAUUACCGGAAGAAAAACACGGCUCCGCCGCCAGUUCAGAAACUAUUGAGCGAGGACGAUUCCAUCGACGAACCAGCAUCGGCUCCGCCCACGACCACCCAGCGAUUCUUUGGUCCAGAUUUCACCAAUGAGCUGAAGGAACUGGAAAGCUCUGACCCAACGGGCCGCUCGCCCAGGACGCCAAAGACACCGCUGCAAAGUGCUCGCUCUGAUGCCAGUGAGAAGGGUCACCGCAAGGUGCUUGAGACGCGUCGCCAUCUGGUUAUGCAACUAUUUGCCGAGCACGGUAACUUUCCCACUGCCCAGGCCACCAUAGCCUUUCAAACCAAGCACAUCGAUGUCUUUCCGCGCAAGCAAGAUCUGCAGCUGAAGAUACGAGAGGUGCGCCAGAAGCUGCUGGGCCAGGCAUCCUGCACUCCGCACUCAGCGGGCCCCAACACGCCGUCCGACUCCAACUCGUCGUCGACCACUUUGAGUGCCAGUAGCGUCGGCUUGAAUGUGCAGGCCACCAAUGCGGCAGGUGGUCACCAACAACAACAACAGCAGCAACACUCUGAGCAGCCGAACCAUCCCGCCACCAAAGCCACUGAAUCUGAUGUCAAGUACAAGUAAAGUGGAGUGGACAAGGACAAGGACUAGGAGGAGGAGUUUUCCAGAAAACAGGACAAAACAACAGAUUGUUUGCUGCAAGUGACAAGAUUACUUAAGGAUAGUAAACGAAUCGACAGCAACAACAACCAUUGCAGCAACGCACACUCACAAAUAAGGGAGAUACAAAGGAGAAGAAACAAAGCUCACAUUUAGCAACAGCUCAUGCAUGAGAUGCAUGGUUAACUAGUUUUUAUUAUUAACUGUUAAUAGCAAGAGAAGUUACACAGAGGAAAUAGAAAAAAAUUACAAAUUUUUAAUUACAAUAGGCAUACAGAAAUAUAUUAUGUACAAGCAGGCGUAAUUUGUGAGCAGAGAGGAGAAACUGAUUACGAAUGAAUUUAUUAAGCAGCUUAAUAAAUCAGGAGAAAGCACACACACACACACACACAGAGAGGAAAGAUAGAAAUAUUGAUGAAAAUUUGAACUUUUGAAGCAUAUAUGAAGUACAUACAUAAAAACAACAAAAAAAAAAAAACAAAACAAAAGGAAAAACUUAUAAAAGCGUACAUAAUGGAAACAUUGUAUAAUCCCCGCGUAAAGGCUUAGGUUUUAAUUUACAGGCAAAACAAAAAAGAAAACUGCAACUAACAAAUUGGAUGAGCUAAGCGAAAGAAAAAAACUACGAAAAUAGAGGUUAAGCUUUAACUUAAAUUGCACAUUAAUUUUUGAAGUGUAUUAAGCACAAGCAAAGAAAAUUGUAUAAAUCAAACAAACAGUAAGAAACUUGAAAUGAACACUGUAGUUGUAUUGUAUAUUUAGUCAUAAAAUUUUUAACGAGAACAAAACUAACUCCCAUUUCCCCAACACCCACACUAACACCCAAUUGCACACACACACCCACACAAACACGAACACACAUCUAAAUGCUUUUAAACUGUUUGCUUUUGUUCUCAAAAGUUUAUGCGAAAAGAAAACCUUUUUAAAUUGUAUGUACAUUUCCCUGAACUGGCUUUUUACACUGUUGUCUAAUUGAAUUAUAAUUUAUAUAUAUAUAUUUUAUUAUUAUUAUUUUAGUAUAGCCUGUUUUUAAAUUGUACACAUACACCCCACACACACACACCGAAAAAUAAACUUCAAAAAGAAAAUAAUUUGAUUAAAUUUACUACCCAGAGACGAUUAAAAGAAAACUAAAAACAAAAAAAGAGAGAGAAUGCGAGAACUAACUGUCUUCCACUGUUGCUGCAAUAUACUAUUUAAUAUUGUUUACCAUUUUCGGUUGAUUUAAAUUUAGUUUGUAAACUAAUAUCCUAAGUAUGUGACUGCAUUUUAAUCGUAUGCAAAAUUAUGUUCUUUGUGAAUUGUUAAUUAUUUAAUGUUGUCGCUGAUUUAUGUGUUUAAUUAUACGGCUUUCUAAUCUUAAGUAAUCUUCUUAUUAAACUUUCUUCCACUUUCAGUCACACUUUCAAGUUUCUUUUUCCCGAAGACUCAACAGUUGCAAAAAAAUUAGUGAAAAUUAAAGAAAACUCUAACAGAUUACAGAAACUCAAAAUAAAGUAACAAACGAAAAAAAAAUAACCUAGUAAUGAAAAACGAAAUAUAGUAACAAUAUCCACAUUAUAGUUAUUACAAUAAUUUAAAAUACGCAAUAAAUAAAAAAUAUGAAAAAUGUGAAUUCAAAUGCGGCUUCCAUUUGGUUCCAAUUCUUGCUGGACGCUGCAAUUAUAGAAAUUAAUCAGAACAAUAAAACUGCACAUAAAAAAUUAACAAAUUUGUAAAAUUUCAAAUCAACUCACGUAGUCGCUUAUAGUUUUUUUUUAGUUUCGUUUUAAAUAAUAUUUUAAUUAUAGUUUCUUUGUAAUAAUAAGUUUUAAUUACCUAUUAGUUAUUUGUAUUAAUUAGUGAACAAACGAAAUUUUAUAUGAUAAAAAGCGAAUGAGCGUAAACUGUAGUGUGUUAAUGUUAAAAAAAAUUACAAAUAAAAACAAAAAUAAAACCAAGUUUAUAAGCAAA